AUGUUCCUAUCAUCUAUAUAUGGAACAAACGAUAAACCAUCUUUCUUGGAACUUGUUUCACAGGAGCAGCUGCUGUUGGGCUUGCGACCGGCACUGGACCGAGUGCUCCACGGCCUGUGCGAACGGUUCUCCGGUCAGCACUGGUUACGGGCCCUGCACCGUCGCACUGACGAGCUCUGGUUGCUGAUUCUGCUCGUCGUUGAAGGCCGCUCGCUUUAUUCGAACGGAGCCACUGUUGCAGAGAGUUUUUACGGACUCCGAAGACGCACGAAUGAAACGUCCACACUGGCCUCGCGACCAAAAGAGGAGCACGGGCCAGCGCCUGGUCUGCCAGCGGCAGCGGUAUGGAAAAGCGUUUUGGAAAGCGCAAUAUUGCCGUAUUUGAGAACAAAACUUGACGCGUUGUAUCAGGAAUUUUAUAUCCAGGCUAGCCUUGGCUUAGACGGCUUCUGGAGCUGUUUUUGGAAGCGACUAUUCCUCCGCCUCUACCCUUUCUUGCGAACGUUGGACCACUGCUUCGUGUUUCUCUUUCGUCUUCUCUAUCUGUUCGGUCGAACCGAGUACUACAGCUGGCCUUUACGACUUGAACGAAUCGUUGUCGUGCGAGCGCCCUAUGCCGCUGGGCUAGUCCAGGGGCGACCUGCGGCUACACUGCUGCAGCGGUUCCUGGACCGCGCGUUCUCUGGCGGCAAGCUCGCUCUUAUAGUAGGACUUUACACGCUUCGUUUCGUGGACUGGUUUCGAUCCAAUUUAGAGCGCGAGCGCCGUGAGCAGGUUCGGUCCUUGCCUUUACCACCACCGCCAGAGCCUCUGGGUCCGCCGCAGACCCACGCGUGGACACCAGGCGCUUGCGCUCUUUGUCACAGAGCGGACUGCUGCGAGCCCUCUGUUUGUCUGGUCAGCGGCUUUGUUUUCUGUGACGCUUGCUUACGCGAGCAUAUUAAGAUUCAUCGGCGUUGCCCGAUAACAAAGUUUCCCGCAUCCGAGUUGGACAUACGUCGGCUCUACUUCUCAGACGCUCUAUGA